UGACUGAGCAGCAGGGAGGACGCAGCUCGGGUCACAGCCGCCGCACCGGGACUUUUCCUCCAUCACUUCCACGGAGACCAACCUUUAGCCGCAGCAUGAAGGAACGACGACUCCCGCAGACUUUUGUAGCCCGGUGUAAACUGGUGCUGGUCGGAGACGUCCAGUGUGGGAAAACUGCCAUGUUACAAGUACUGGCCAAGGACUGUUACCCAGAGACUUACGUCCCCACGGUGUUUGAAAACUACACGGCGUGUCUGGAGGUGGAAGAGCAGCGAGUGGAGCUCAGCCUGUGGGACACAUCAGGCUCACCGUACUACAACAACGUCAGGCCGCUCUGCUACAGCGACUCAGACGCCGUGCUCUUGUGCUUCGACAUCAGCCGACCUGACACGGUGGAAAGCUCACUGAAGAAGUGGAAGUCUGAGAUCCAGGACUUCUGCUCCAGCACAAAGAUCCUGCUGAUAGGCUGCAAGACCGACCUGCGCACGGACGUGUGCACGCGCAUGGAGCUGUCCAAUCAGAGACAGAGUCCCAUCUCCCACGAACAGGGUCUGUCCAUGGCCAAGCAGCUGGGAGCGGAGACGUACCUGGAGUGCUCAGCUUUCACGUCGGAGAAGAGCAUCCACAGUGUUUUCCGGACGGCGGCGCUCGCCUGCAUGGACAAGCUGCAGCCCGCCAACAAACCCAGCCCCAUCCGCCGGCUCUCCAAGAGAUUCCUCCACCUGUCCAGCAGGACCGAUCUCAUCUCCUCCACCUUCAGCAGGGACAAGUCCAAGGGCUGCACCAUCAUGUGAAUUCUGUCGGGAUUUUCCUAGCUACGCUAGCUACGCUAGCCAAGAGGAGAGAAAACAACUGAGUGUGGAUUCCUGUGAAACAUCGAUUUUUUUUUUCCUCUUUUUUCCCAGGCCUGGACUUGUUCCACCGCUCCACAAAAACUCUGAACCCUUUCCUGUCACCAGGUGGCAGCGCGGGGACCAGGUGAACGACCAGGUCUGUGGACCAGGUAUUUCUGUUCACAGACAGAUUCUUUUCCUCCUCAGGGCUGCGCUCAUAAACACCACAUUAUCCUGAUGAGACGCUUUAAGUUGAACGUCUGACUGAGGUCACGGAAUGGGCUGAGUGACAGGAUCUGAUGUGAAGGCUGACAGGACAGGAAGUGGUUUAUACACGGUCCGUCCUCCCGCUAAAUCCUCCCGCGUUUGGCUUUAAGAUUGAAGCUGACAGAGAGAUGAUGAGAUGGGGGUGAGGGGGUGAGGGGGGGUGGGAGUCUUCAUUUGAGAGGAUGAGCUGCUGAAGGAGCGUGAAGUGACACAGCGCCGCCCUGCUGGACGUGUUCUUGUUGAUUUCCUUUAAACCACUCCAUGCUGUUCGUCGUAGAUGGAUCCGUUUUUCCACCUCCUCCACUUUCACUCACUUUCUCCGUUUGAGUUUCUUAGUUUAAGGCUUAACAUUUUAUUUUAUGUUAUUAUUUUUAAAAAUGUUUUUAUUAUUAUUAUUAUUAUUCUUAUUCCACUGGCUCCGACUGCCUGUGAUGCCUUUGUAGCUGUUUAUGUUCCGGAAUUCACUCCAGUCUUCUGGCAUUAGCGGCUGUUGACAGCUCCGCUAAUGGAGGAGUUGAUGAUUUGUAGGCCUGCACCAAGAGAACGUACAGCACUCUGGAAUUUAACGGGUUGCCUAGCAACAGUGUGAGCCGAACCAGCAUCCUGUCUGGCAGAUGGGAGAGAGAGAGACAGAGAGAGAGAGAGCAUCAGUUUUUAUUUGUAGCAUUAAAGAAAAGCCACGGUGAAGACGUCUGUUUUGUUUGUGUUUUUUUUUUUUGCAUUCCACUCGUCUCACGUCACUGUCCUGGGGACGGUGCCCCCCCCCCUGUCCUUCCUCAUUAUCAUCAUCAAUAUACAUAAGUGAUCAGCACUAGGGAUGUCCGAUAAUAUUGGUCGGUCGAUAUUAGCAUAAUGAUGUAAUAUCGGUAAGAUCGUCGAGGUUUUUCCUCCGAUUUUGAAAAUCCGAAACACAAUGCCUCAAUUUUGCCAAAUUUUCUGGAAUUGUAGGGUCCUGAGACAUUGACCACAGUUUUGUCGUGUACAGAGCCAAUGAAAAUCAAACAGACAAACUUUUAUACUGAGAACAAACCGCUGUGGUUUCCUUCACUGCUCUCUGACUUUUAAAAAAUCACAAAUCCUGUCUUUUAAAAAAAAAGAAAAAAAAAAGAACCAUCUUAAUGGUAAAAAAUAAAAUAAAUAAAUGUGUCAAAUUUCCAGUUAAGAGUUUAAAUUAUUACCUGAAUUCUGUCUUUCUGAAUGUCACACACUUUGAUUUUUAAGUUUUAUGUAAAAUAAAAACAUGUGAAAA